CCCGCGCGCGGCCCGGGCCCGGCAGGAGCGCGGAGCCACCGCCGCCGCCGCUGCCGCCUCGGCCAUGCGGCUCCCGGGCCGGGGGCCUGGGCUGAGGCCCGCGCCGCCCCCCGCGCGCCGCGCCCGCUGAGCCCGCGCCCGCCGGGCGCCGCCGGCACCAUGGUGCAGAAGUCGCGCAACGGCGGCGUGUACCCCGGCCCGAGCGGGGAGAAGAAGCUCAAGGUGGGCUUCGUGGGGCUGGACCCCGGCGCGCCCGACUCCACGCGGGACGGCGCGCUGCUCAUCGCGGGCUCCGAGGCCCCCAAGCGCGGCAGCAUCCUGAGCAAGCCGCGCGCGGGCGGCGCGGGCGCCGGGAAGCCCCCCAAGCGCAACGCCUUCUACCGCAAGCUGCAGAAUUUCCUCUACAACGUGCUGGAGCGGCCGCGCGGCUGGGCGUUCAUCUACCACGCCUACGUGUUCCUGCUGGUCUUCUCCUGCCUCGUGCUGUCCGUGUUCUCCACCAUCAAGGAGUACGAGAAGAGCUCCGAGGGCGCCCUGUACAUCCUGGAAAUCGUGACCAUUGUGGUGUUCGGCGUCGAGUACUUUGUGCGGAUCUGGGCCGCGGGCUGCUGCUGCCGGUACCGCGGCUGGCGGGGCCGGCUCAAGUUUGCCAGGAAGCCGUUCUGCGUGAUUGACAUCAUGGUGCUCAUCGCCUCCAUCGCGGUUCUGGCUGCGGGCUCCCAGGGCAACGUCUUCGCCACGUCCGCGCUCCGGAGCCUGCGGUUCCUGCAGAUCCUGCGGAUGAUCCGCAUGGACCGGAGGGGCGGCACCUGGAAGCUCCUGGGCUCCGUGGUCUACGCCCACAGCAAGGAGCUGGUCACCGCCUGGUACAUCGGCUUCCUCUGCCUCAUCCUGGCCUCCUUCCUGGUGUACUUGGCGGAGAAGGGCGAGAAUGACCACUUCGACACCUACGCGGACGCGCUCUGGUGGGGGCUGAUCACCCUGACGACCAUCGGCUACGGGGAUAAGUACCCCCAGACCUGGAAUGGGAGGCUCCUGGCAGCGACCUUCACCCUCAUUGGUGUCUCCUUCUUUGCCCUCCCGGCGGGCAUCCUGGGGUCGGGCUUCGCCCUGAAGGUGCAGGAGCAGCAUCGGCAGAAGCACUUUGAGAAGAGGCGGAACCCCGCUGCAGGCUUGAUCCAGUCGGCCUGGAGAUUCUACGCCACCAACCUGUCGCGCACUGACCUGCACUCCACAUGGCAGUACUACGAGCGCACGGUGACGGUGCCCAUGUACAGCUCACAAACUCAAACCUACGGGGCCUCCAGGCUGAUCCCCCCGCUGAACCAGCUGGAGCUGCUGCGCAGCCUCAAGAGCAAGUCGGGACUCACCUUCAGGAAGGAGCCCCAGCCAGAGCCGUCCCCAAGUAAAGGCAGACCGUGCAGAGGGUCCCCGUGUGGAUGCUGCCCUGGACGCUCUAGUCAGAAGGUCAGUUUGAAAGAUCGUGUCUUCUCCAGCCCCCGAGGCGUGGCUGCCAAGGGGAAGGGGUCCCCGCAGGCCCAGACCGUGCGGCGGUCACCCAGCGCCGACCAGAGCCUGGAGGACAGCCCCAGCAAGGUGCCCAAGAGCUGGAGCUUCGGGGACCGCAGCCGGGCGCGCCAGGCUUUCCGGAUCAAGGGCGCCGCGUCUCGGCAGGACUCGGAAGAAGCAAGUCUCCCGGGGGAGGACAUCGUGGAUGACAAGAGCUGUAACUGCGAGUUUGUGACCGAGGACCUGACCCCGGGCCUCAAAGUCAGCAUCAGAGCCGUGUGUGUCAUGCGCUUCCUGGUGUCCAAGCGGAAGUUCAAGGAGAGUCUGCGGCCGUACGACGUGAUGGACGUCAUCGAGCAGUACUCUGCCGGCCACCUGGACAUGCUGUCCCGCAUCAAGAGCCUGCAGUCCAGAGUGGACCAGAUCGUGGGGCGGGGCCCGGCCAUCACAGACAAGGACCGCACCAAGGGCCCGGCCGAGGCGGAGCUGCCGGAGGACGUCAGCAUGAUGGGGCGUCUCGGGAAGGUGGAGAGGCAGGUCUUGUCCAUGGAGAAGAAGCUGGACUUCCUGGUGAGCAUCUACAUGCAGCGCAUGGGCAUCCCCCCGACGGAGACCGAGGCCUACUUUGGGGCCAAGGAGCCGGAGCCGGCGCCGCCGUACCACAGCCCGGAGGACGGCCGGGAGCAGGUGGACAAGCACGGCUGCAUCAUCAAGAUCGUGCGCUCCACCAGCUCCACCGGCCAGAAGAACUUCUCGGCGCCGCCGGCCGCGCCUGCCGCCCAGUGCCCGCCCUCCACCUCGUGGCAGCAGAGCCACCCGCGCCAGGGCCACGGCACCUCCCCCGUGGGGGACCACGGCUCGCUGGUGCGCAUCCCGCCGCCGCCGGCCCACGAGCGGUCGCUGUCCGCCUACGGCGGGGGCAGCCGGGCCAGCACGGAGUUCCUGAGGCAGGAGGACGCCGCCUGCCGGCCCCACGAGGCCGCCCUGCGGGACAGCGACACGUCCAUCUCCAUCCCCUCGGUGGACCACGAGGAGCUGGAGCGCUCCUUCAGCGGCUUCAGCAUCUCCCAGUCCAAGGAGAACCUGGACGCCCUCAACAGCUGCUACGCGGCCGUGGCGCCCUGCGCCAAAGUCAGACCCUACAUCGCCGAGGGCGAGUCGGACACGGACUCGGACCUCUGCACCCCGUGUGGGCCCCCGCCACGCUCGGCCACGGGCGAGGGCCCCUUCGGAGACGUGGGCUGGGCGGGGCCCAGGAAGUGAGGCCGCAGGACCGCCCGCCACCCCUCCGACUCCUGGCGCUGAGGUUUUUAGGCGGGAACCCCGUGGGGCCUUUUCAUAGAGUAACGGGGGUGUGGGGUUUGUGGGGGGACGGGCAGGGGCGCCUGGUGGCAACGCUGUCUGAGAGUUCUUUUCCCACCGUGCUGGAGGGAGGCGGCGAGGGGCCCUGGUGGCCCCAGGAGCACCGUGGGGCAGCAAGGCCACCCUGCCCGCCUGCUCA